UAGAGCCAUGCGCGUCAGUGUGGGUGUUAAACAGCAGCAGGCGGGUUUGUGAACUGUGUGGUCACUGAUAAAUAAUUAACAUCAACUUCCGUAUGUUGGAGUCGCUGCUGCUGCUUCCGUGUCAUGUGAAGUUUCACCCUGCGGACUGUCCAUCGCUGCCUGAGGCAAACAUCUCCAACAAUGCGUCAAGUUCCCGAGGAGUUAACCGCGCUCAUUUCAGAUCUCGAAAAUUUCCUCAACGAUGGGUUAAAAGGUGAAAAUUUAAGCAAGAAGGCAAAAGAGAAGAAGGAAGCGUUCAUCAAACGGAUUAAAGAGGUCAAGUUGGGUUUCCCACACGACUUCAAGGACAAAAGUGGAGAUGAGUCAGAGGAAGAGGAGGAAGCUGACAGCAACAACGAUGGAGGGUCACUGCUGUCGGAGCGCACAGACAAGGAUGAAGACGCCUGCGAAGGAGCCCAGCAGGCACCACCUGUGGCGGCUCAGGACCUGACACAAGUCUUUAAAGCGGGAUACCUUGAGAAGCGCAGAAAGGAUCACAGCUUUUUUGGCACCGAGUGGCAGAAGAGAUGGUGUGCUCUGAGCAAUCAGACCUUUUACUAUUACGGCAGUGAGAAAGACAAGCAGCAGAAGGGGGAGUUCAAUAUCGAUGGGUACAACGUCAAAAUGAACAACACCUUACGGAAAGACUCGAAGAAAGACUGUUGCUUUGAAAUUUCAGCUCCAGACAAGCGGGUCUAUCAGUUUUGUGCGUCAUCGGCGAAAGAGGCGGAGGAAUGGGUGAAACAGAUAGACUUUGUUUUGAAAGAUAUGACGGGCAUCAUCCCAGAAGAUGAAGACGAGGAACAGGAAGUGUAUGACGAUGUUGGUGCGAUCGACGAAGACAUCUAUGAAGAGCUCCCAGAGGAAGAGGCGUCUCCUGCGGCAAAGCCUCCUCCAAAAGUGCCAAAAGUGGAGCCAGCGAGCAAACCUACUCCUCCUCCUCCUACUGCUGCAGUUGAUAAGAGCACAGACUACGUCAACUACUACCAGGGCUUAUGGGACUGCACUGGGGAGUUCCCAGAUGAGUUGUCCUUCAAACGUGGAGAUGCCAUCUACAUCCUGAGCAAGGACUAUAACACCUUUGGCUGGUGGGUCGGAGAGAAGAAUGGAACUAUAGGAAUCGUCCCCAAAAGCUACCUGUUGGAGCUUUAUGCUCUAUAAAUACAGCCUGUGAUCAUUCCCACCCAUGUGUACUGUAAGAGACUGAUGACUGGAGCAAAAGCUGUCCAUAUGACUGAAAUGCAUGUUAAGGAGUAUUUUUCUACAGUAUCUGCCAUGCCUGUUUUGUAUUUAUUUUAUAUCCAAGAUUCAGUUUUUCCACACCAACACCAUUUCAUGUUCUGCUUCUGGCAAAUUUGAUAUUUGUAAAUGACAAAAUGAAUAAAGAUUUAGACGUGUGCUUGAUCA